AUGAGCUCCACCAAACAGGAACCUAUCCCCGGGCCCAAGGGCGUCCCAUUCUUGGGAAACAUAUAUGACAUUGAGCCCGAGGUACCCGUGAAUAGCUUUGAGCUGCUUGCUGAUAACUAUGGCCCAAUCUACCGAUUGACCACCUUCGGCAGACCACGAGUAUUCGUCAACUCCCAUGAGUUAGUAGACGAGGUCUGCGAUGAGGAGCGAUUUACCAAAAUGGUCUCGGCUGGUCUGCACGAGAUUAGGAACGGUGUGCACGACGGUCUCUUCACCGCAAACUACCCCGGCGAAGAGAACUGGGCCAUUGCGCAUCGCAUUCUCGUUCCAGCAUUCGGUCCGCUGAUGAUUCGCGGCAUGUUUGAUGAGAUGUAUGAUAUCGCACAACAAUUGGUAUUAAAAUGGGCACGAAUUGGACCCGCUGCUCCUAUCCAGGUCACAGACGAUUUCACCCGCUUGACGCUGGAUACUAUCGCUCUUUGCGCUAUGGGAACGCGAUUCAAUUCUUUCUAUCAUGACGAGAUGCACCCCUUUGUCGAGGCUAUGGUUGGGUUGUUGGCAGGGUCUGGAAAAAGAUCCCUUCGACCUGCCUUGUUGAACAACCUGCCCACUGCGGAGAACAAUAAAUACUGGAGUGACAUUGAGUAUCUUCGCAAUCUGGCUCGGGAACUGGUUGAUGCACGGAAGCAAAACCCCGUGGAUAAGAAGGAUCUCCUCAAUGCACUUAUUCUUGGUCGAGACCCGCAGACUGGUCAGGGCCACGAGACAACAUCCGGCAUGUUGUCAUUCCUAUUCUACUAUCUUCUCAAGAGCCCCAGCGCGUACAAGAAGGCCCAAGAGGAGGUCGAUCGCGUGAUUGGUAAACGCAAGAUCACCGUCGAUGACAUGUCCAAGCUGCCGUACAUCACUGCUGUGAUGCGUGAGACGCUGCGUCUGAAGCCAACAGCCCCAAUGAUCGCCCUGCAUCCGCACCCGGUCAAGAACAAGGAGGAUCCUGUCACACUUGGGGGCGGCAAAUAUGUCCUUAACAAAGACGAGACUAUUGCAGUCAAUCUCAGCAAGAUGCAGCGCGACCCGAAGGUCUACGGUCCCGAUGCCGAUGAGUUCAAACCCGAGCGUAUGCUCGAUGAAAACUUUGAAAAACUGCCCAAAAAUGCAUGGAAGCCUUUCGGAAAUGGCAUGCGAGGUUGCAUCGGACGGCCGUUCGCAUGGCAGGAGGCUCUUCUUGUGGUCGCAGUUUUGCUACAGAACUUCAACUUCCAGAUGGACAACCCUAGCUACGAUCUUCGCAUCAAGCAGACACUUACUAUCAAGCCUAAGGACUUCCACAUGAAGGCUACUCUGAGAGAUGGUCUCGACCCCACGCAGCUUAGCGCCGCUCUCAGCAGUUCUGAUGCUCCUCCCAAAGAGACUGGUGCUGGUAGCCGGGAUCGAAAACCCAAGGUGGCGCCCGUGGAUGGGAAGCUGAAGCCAAUGCACGUGUUCUAUGGCAGCAACACAGGGACUUGUGAGGCAUUUGCCCGAAGACUGGCGGAUGAUGCCGCUGGAUAUGGGUACGCUGCACAGACACACUCCUUAGACUCAGCCAUGCAGAACAUUCCCAAAGACGGACCGGUGGUGUUCAUCUCGGCUUCAUAUGAAGGCAAGCCUCCGGAUAACGCGGCCCAUUUCUUUGAGUGGCUCACUGAGCUGAAGGGCAAUAGUUUGGAAGGCAUCAACUAUGCAACCUUUGGUUGUGGUCACCAUGAUUGGUCUUCAACAUUCUACCAUGUUCCUAAAGUCAUCGACCAACUGGUCAAAGAUAAUGGCGCCAACAAGCUCUGCGAUAUUGGUCUUGCCGACGCAGCAAACUCGGACAUGUUCACCGACUUCGAUGGCUGGGGUGAGAGUUUGUUCUGGCCGGCUGUGAUAGCCAAAUUCGGUGGCGCUGGUCCUGAAUUGUCUGCCAAGCCGAAAUCUUCAUUGCAGGUCGAGGUCAGCUCAGGUAUGCGGGCAUCAACUCUGGGUCUCCAACUCGAAGAAGGCUUCGUCCUCGACAACCAGCUUCUCACACCACCCGGAGCCCCAGCCAAGCGAAUCGUCAAAUUCAAGCUCCCAUCGGAUAUGACCUACCAGUGCGGCGAUUACCUUGCCGUCUUACCAGUGAAUCCAAGUUCCGUUGUUCGCCGCGCAAUCCGCCGGUUCGAUCUCCCCUGGGAUGCCGUGCUACGGGUCCAGAAGCCAUCGGGCUCCACUGCUUCCCCUUCUAUUCCCAUCGACACCCCGAUCUCCGCCUUCGAGCUCCUAUCCACCUACAUUGAGCUGUCACAGCCAGCAUCGAAGCGUGACCUCAAUGUCCUAGCCGACGCCGCCAUCAAUGACGCAGAAACCCAAGCCGAACUGCGCUACCUCGCCUCGAGCCCCAGUCGCUUCACCGAGGAGAUUGUCAAGAAGCGCGUCAGCCCAUUGGAUCUCCUUACCCGCUACCCAACGAUCAAGCUGCCUAUCGGCGACUUCCUCGCCAUGCUCCCACCAAUGCGCGUUCGCCAAUAUUCCAUCUCUUCCUCGCCGCUACUUAACCCAUCCGAAUGCUCCAUCACCUUCAGCGUCCUCAGCGCCCCCGCCCUCGCCAACGCCGCCGAAGCCACAGAGGACCAGGAGCAAUAUCUCGGUGUAGCAUCCAACUACCUCUCCGAGCUCCAAGUCGGAGAGCGCGCACACAUCACCGUUCGCCCCUCCCACUCGGGCUUCAAACCACCCAUGGACCUAGAAACACCAAUGAUAAUGGCCUGCGCCGGUAGCGGCCUCGCGCCCUUCCGCGGCUUCGUCGUGGACCGCGCGGAGAAGAUUCGCGGCCGUCGCAGCACACCUGACUCCGACGAGCUCCACGAGCACAAAUCUCUCAAACCCGCAAAGGCGGUUCUGUACAUCGGUUGCCGCACCCAGGGGGUGGACGAUAUCCACGCUGCCGAGUUGGCGGAGUGGGCCAAACUCGGCGCUGUCGAAGUGCGGUGGGCUUAUAGUCGCCCUUCUGGUGGGAGCAAGGGACAGCAUGUGCAGGAUCUUAUGCUCGAGGAUCGGGAAGAGCUGGUACAGCUGUUUGAUCAGGGUGCUAAUAUCUAUGUUUGUGGUAGUACGGGUGUUGGGGCGGGAGUUCGAGGUGCUUGUAAGGAGAUAUAUCUUGAGAGGCGGCGGGCUUUGCAUGCUGAGCUUCGGGAGAAGGGGGAGAGGCCGCCUGGUGCUGAUAUUGAUGAGGAGCGGGCUGCUGAGGAGUUCUUUGAGAAAUUGCGGACGAAGGAGAGGUAUGCUACUGAUGUUUUUACUUGA